UAAAUACUGCAAAAGUCGGCCACAAGCUCCAAGCCACGGCCCAAUCGCCGGCUGACACUCACAAGAACCUGCCUCCCUCUGGAUCGCUAUCUCUUUUCUAGUGCUCAGGGAAAGCUAGCUCAGAGCUGCUGAGAGAAGGAAGCAAGGAGACGGAGAGGGAGGGAGGGAGGAAAAAAAAACACACACACACACACACACACACACACAGAGGUGUUGAGCAAGAACCGAGGCGGAUCGCCUUUUGUUCCUCCUGCCGAGGACUAGCCUGCCUGUCGGCGCCGCGAGAGAUCAAGAGGAGGCGCGGUUCAGUGAUUCCUACAGGGGAGGGAGAAGAGGAGGAACACCGGGGGCGGAGAGAGAUGAUGCGGGAGAUGUAUAUGGACGUGCUGCCGCCGGUGGACCACAUAGCCGCACGGAGCAACUGGUUCCCGGCCGCGGCGCGUCUCUGGACGGCGGAGGAGAACAAGCGGUUCGAGUCUGCGCUCGCCGGGCUCGACCUCUGCCACCCGGACUGGGAGAAGGUGGCGCAGGCCAUCCCCGGCCGGACGGUCCGCGAGGUCGUCAGCCACUUCAAGAACCUCCAGCUCGACGUCCAGCAGAUCGAGAGCGGCCAGGUGCCCUUGCCGGUCUACGGCAGCGGGGCCAGCUCGUUCACUCUGCAGUGGGACGGCAAUGGCGGCUACGGGCCCGGGGACUUCAGGCACGGGUACCGCUUCGGCGGAGGCUGCGGGAAGCGGCACCAUGGCCGCACGCCGGAGCAGGAAAGGAAGAAGGGCGUGCCAUGGACGGAGGAGGAGCACAAGUUGUUUCUCUUAGGCCUGAAGAAAUAUGGCAAGGGGGAUUGGAGGAACAUAUCACGCAACUUCGUUCAGACGAGGACGCCUACUCAGGUGGCCAGUCAUGCGCAGAAGUACUUCAUCAGGCUCAACUCCGGCGGCAAGGACAAGAGGAGAUCCAGCAUUCAUGACAUUACCACUGUGAACCUGACGGACGAGCAGCCUCCAUCACCAUCCCAGUCCUCUCUGAUCACCAACCAGUCAAACGCAUCAGCUCCGACUGCGGGGAUAGGCCAGUUCUCAUUGGCAGCCGAUGCCAAGCAACACGGUUCUGGAAAUCUGCCCUUCAAUUCACCAAGCCGGACCUCUGUGAUGGCGGCUUACCGGAUGGAUUUGCAAGAUCAAGGUCUGCAGUGUGGCCCUCUACAUGAUCAAUUGGUCGCCAGCCAGAGCAUUCUGUUCUAGGCGAAUUCCACUCUGCAGCAUGGAUCGAUCAGGUGUCCUAGUGUAUAAUACUUAUGGUCUUGCUGUAGCUUCAGCGCCUGUAUUGAAGUAAUUAGCCUUCUGGGAGCAUAACAGAAAGGGGAUCUUCCUUCCAUGGUGGUCCAUAAUUUGUUGGUGAUACCGAGAAUGUAACAAAAAGAACGCCAAGAAUUCGAUGCCUUGGUAUUUUCAGACUGUUACUUGAGUGGUAUGGCUGAAAACAUAUCAUGAUGCAUCCUAUGAAGUGGACUUGCAUUCAAUCAUGGAUCCUGCUUUUGCUUGACGUGGAUCAGCAGAACCUAAUUCUAGAUCCUUCUGGUCAGAUGAUGUAUCCACAACCUUCGUGAGUCGUGACCUUCUGAUUCUGCUGUAUCUGAAGAUGAUGCUUAUAUUGAGGGUUUCAGAGUUCAAAUCAUGUUGUAGUCCAGAUAUAUUUAUCCAUAGUAGUAACUAGUUGCCUAUUGGUGCCUGCCCAAAUCUGUGUUUGGACAAGUUUCAAACUUUUCUCGGAUGAACGCAACUUUUGAAGAGAAGAUAAACGAAAUUGAGUCUGCAAUGAGUCAUUCA